GCAAAAUAGCGACAGAUUCACUGCCAACAUGCAGAUCUUCGUCAAGAACCUGAGUGGAAACACUCUCACUCUGACCGCAGAGCCCACCGACACUAUCUCCGCCAUCAAGUCCCAGGUUUGCGAGAGAGAACUCAUUUCUGUCGAAGAACAGCGAUACGUCUUCGGUGGAAAGCACAUCCGCGAUGAGUUCCCAUUGAGCGAAUACGGCAUCCAGAAGGAGUCCCACCCUUUCACCUUUGUCCUCGACCUUCCCGGUGGUAUUAUCGAGCCCUCCUUGAAAGGCCCUUGCCUCCAAGUUCAACUGCGAGAAAGAAGGUCUGGCCGAAAGUGCCUAUGACCGACCUCCCCUCCUCGUGCCACCAACUGC